GAAGGAGUGGGUGCGAAGCUCUAAACCCCAUCUGAUAGGAUUAAGUCUCAGAAGGAUUCAAGGUAUACUCCACAGGGAUCAGCCGUUGGACAUUGAUUGUUUCAACAUGGCUAUACGUAUACUUGCACGUGACAAGGCCUUACUGCCAGUAGAUCCUCGAGUGUGCUUUAUGGAUCUACAAUUUUGUACGUCCGUGAUCGAGGCCGCCCUCGCUUCCGCACGAGAUUUAGAUUCGCGGGUACAGCCAGAUAUUCAGGCGCUAGCAUCGUUGCUCCGUAGCUCGACUGAGAUAGACAACAUAUCAUCAUGCAAUUGGAUAUUGCUCCCUCAUGCAUUCCUUGGCCACUACAUCUUGUUCGCAAUCGACAAACAUUCACGUCAAGUAACUAUUUUGGACCCAAUAUUUCCGCCCUUAUCCCCAGAGAGAUAUGCGUUAAAAUUUCAGAGGGUUUCAUUCUACCUGAAUGAUGCACUCGAAUUAGCACAACCGGGUUGGAAGUCUGAUACAUUUGCCUGGCCACGUAAAUCACUACUUGAUGUUCCGAUGAGCCUAGACCGGAAUGAAUCUGGUUAUUUUGUUUUCAAUUAUAUGCUCUGGCAUGGUAACAAAUUUGUUCGUCCAAUUUACACGGAUGGUUAUGAGUUGAGAAAGAAUAUUUUGAUACACUUGCUCGAGUAUGAUGCGAAUGAAGCUGAAGACAAUAUCCCAUAUGAUGUACGAGAAAUUCUCAAGUGCCUCAAGUAGGAAGUUAAUAAGAGAUGAUAAACUGGACUUGAUAUCUACGCAUUGG